ACUAUUACGAACUUAACAUUCCUUCGCGAACUGGCUUAAGAAAAGAAAAAUAUAACAAAAGCUAUUUCAUGAUUCAUCAUAAUCCAUUUUUCUCCUCUAUAUCAAAUUCAAGUCUUAAAACACAUUGUCUGCAUUUGCCACCUUCCUAAGUUCUUACUGCAAAUUCAUCCUCCCAAAAUACCGAUUAUAUCCCUACCCUUCUGCCCUUCUUGUCGUCUCUACAUGCGUGAACCCUAAUCUCAAUCUUUUGUGACAAUGGGUGCUCCGAAGCAGAAGUGGACUGCGGAAGAAGAAGCGGCCCUUAAAGCCGGGGUUCUUAAACACGGGGCCGGGAAGUGGCGCACUAUACUUAAAGACCCUGAAUUUAGUGGAGUGUUGUAUUUACGAUCGAAUGUGGAUCUGAAGGACAAGUGGAGAAACAUGAGUGUAAUGACAACUGGAUUUGGGUCCAGGGAGAAGUCAAAAGUCGCUCUUAAAAGAGUUCCAAUGCAUUCAUCUCCUGUUAAGCAAGAAGAGAACACUACUAGUGUUAGUGAUCUUCAAAGUGAUGAAGAGAUGCCAGACGUCAAGAAUGUUGCUACUUCAAGUGCACCUGUCGAGAUAUCAACUGCCCCCAAAAGAUCCAUUGUGAGGUUGGACAAUUUGAUACUGGAAGCUAUAACCAAUUUGAAGGAAUCUGGUGGUUCUAACAAAACUGCUAUUGCUUCAUACAUAGAGGAUCAAUAUUGGGCACCUCCAGAUUUCAAACGAGUAUUGUCUUCAAAACUAAAGUUUUUGACAUCAAGUGGAAAGCUCAUCAAGGUUAAACGGAAUUACCAAAUAUCGCCAUCCUUUGCAUUUCCGGAAAAGAGGAGAAAUCUUCCUAUGUUGGCUCAAGAAAUCAGGCAGGUGAAUUUACCCAAAAUGGAUAGGGAUGAUCUAUCUAUGCUUAAAUCUCAGAUUGAUCUAGAGCUUGCUAAGAUGAGAAGUAUGACCCCACAAGAUGCUGCGGCUGCUGCUUCUCGUGCUGUUACUGAGGCUGAAACUGCUUUAGCAGAAGCUGAAGAUGCUGAAAGGGAAGCUGAUGAAGCAGAAGCAGAUGCGGAAGCAGCUCAAGCACUUGCCAAUGCAGCAGCAAAGAUGCUUAGAGGAAGGAACGCUCCUAAGGUGGUAAGAACUGCCUGCUGAGGAAAUCAUUUGUCCUCCUUUCAUUGUGGAACUCUCACCACUUGUAUGUGGAAUGUAUCAGUUGUGGUCGGUGAUAUUUCAUAAAGCUUACCAAUCUGCUGUUGAAACCACAUUUGGAGUGUUAAAAUAGACUUAAAACUUGGCCACACUAAAUGGAGUGAAGAUUUUAAGUAGAUUUAGUGGUUAAUUGAAACUGAAGGCCCCACUUUGUGGAAUUUGAUUAAUAAAGUUCUUCAAACAUAUUUGGAUCCAAAUGGUAGAAACUCAUGCUUUGAAUUAAACAGUUGAUGUGAUUAAUGCUCUGUACUUGACAAAGAUGUUUAAUAGUAGAUUGAUUAUACCGUCACCAUAUUUAAAAUAAGUAAGGCAUUUAGGAAGAAUUUAUAACUUUAUCAUUGCUCUCUGUUUUGUUG